AUGGCUUCUUCUUAUGGAUCUAAAAGCUGUUUUGUAUGGGAAUCUGGUGGAUGGAAGAAGAGAACUGAACUUACUUUCAGUUCAAUCAAUGAGCAUUAUGAUAUCUCCUCUCAAAUCCUUUCAAUAAGGUCAAAUAAGUUGAGUGGUUCAAUUCCGGAUGACAUUUUUGAUUUACAAAAACUGCAAAUAUUAGAUUUAUCGCUCAACAACUUCUCAGGCCAUAUUCCGAAGAAUAUAGGAAACCGGAGGAGAUUAAUAAGCAAGUCAGACGAUGUUAACAUUCAUCUGGAGAUGGUAAUUGCACGGUUGAUGCUCUGCGAUCGAUUUAUCAUGCAACAAUUUGAAGGAAAUAUUCCUAGACAGAUUGGAUUAUUAUCAACAAUUUUCUCGCUUAAUUUGUCGCAUAAUCGUUUCUCCAAUGAUAUCCCACAAUCUUUGACAACAAUCGACUCUCUUGGGGUUCUUGACUUAUCUUACAACAACUUGAGUGGAAAGAUUCCAAGAAAAAUACAUUUUGAUAUAUUAAGUUUGGAUGGUUCUGCUUUUGUCGGGAACAAUUUAUUAUGUGGAUUUCCUACAGAGAAUGAAUGUGAGGAUGAUCACCGUAAUACCAAUCCUUUAGACGAAGUUGACGAAGACAAUCAAGAAGAAGCAAAAGAGAAAUUACUGAUCUAUGGUGUUGUUGCAAUUGGUGUUGGAUUUGGAUUUUGGGGAUUGAACAGGAAAAUUUGUGAAUUGCAUUUAUUCCCAUUCAAGAAGUAUCCGGAAGCUGGUUACAAUUGGUUGACGAUUGUAAAUGCGCAUUAUGGUUUCUCCUCUCAGAAAACAACUCUAUGUAUGGAGUUAGAUCUUUCAGAUAAUCUAUUUAAGGGUGGUAUCCCACCAGAAAUUGGAUGUUUACAGUUCUUACGGGAGUUAGAUCUUUCAGAUAAUCUAUGUAAUGGUGGUUUCCCAACAGAAAUCGGAAACUUAUCAAAUCUGGAAGCUCUUCUAAUGUCUUCUAACGAUUUUUUGCGGUCAAAAAUUCCGACUGAAUUAAAUAAAUUGAUUAUGUUGAAUACAUUGUCAAUGUUCAAGAUGAAUUUAUAUGGCGAAAUUCCGCAUUGGAUCGGCGACUUUCCAAAUCUGAAUUUUCUGCAUCUUGGGGAGAACAAUUUGACUGGAAAAAUUCCCGAGAAUUUGUUUUUGGUAAAGAACUUGACGUAUUUGAAUUUAUCUGCUAACAAAUUAUCUGGUAAAAUUCCGAGAGAAAUCGAAUGUUUAAAUAUGGAAGAAUUCAACCUUUCGAAUAAUAAGUUAACAGGUUCCAUUCCGGAAGGCAUUGGUAAAUUGAAGAAUUUGAAACACUUAUACAUGUCUUCGAAUCUAUUAACAGGAGAAAUACCAACAGGUAUUGCUUUACUUCCAUUACUUGAUGAUAUUCGAUUGUCUCAGAACAACUUAUCUGGUGUACUUCCCCAGGAACUUGGCUUACAUUCCAAUCUUAAGUAUCUUUUUGUGUCUGAGAACAAACUUUCUGGAAAUUUACCAGAUAAUUUAUGCUUUAGCGGUAAUCUAUUUCAAAUUUCUGGGUUUUUAAAUAAAUUUACGGGAGAACUUCCAAAAACAUUUACGAAUUGUCCAUUUUUGCUUGUUGUUGGGCUAAACGAUAAUUCAUUUUCGGGGGAACUUCCUAAUAUGGGGAGUAAGCAGUUAAGACUUCUCAACUUAGCCAACAACAACUUCAUAGGUAAUAUAUCAGCUCUUGGUUCACUCCAGACCCUUCGGAUCCUUUUUCUAAGGUCAAACAAAUUCAAUGGGUCAAUCCCUGAAAGUAUUUUUAAUUUACAAGAUCUUAAAAUAUUACACUUAUCUCUUAACAAGUUCUCGGGUAAUAUUCCUAAAAUUUUUGGGUAUCACAGCGGAUUAACAACGAAUUCAGAGUACGACAAAGAUGAUGAUCGUAAUGCUGGAUUGAAGAUGGUAAUCAAAGGGGUGAUGAUACAAAUUGAGAAACUAUAUAAAGAUAGGAAAAGUAUCGAUUUAUCUUGCAAUAACCUAGAUGGAAAUAUUCCUGAAAAUAUUGGCUUGUUAAGAGUGCUUACUUCUCUUAAUUUGUCCUAUAAUCAUUUAUCUGAUUACAUCCCAGAAAGUAUUGGAAACAUGUCGAUGUUAGAGUCUUUAGAUUUGAGUUCUAAUAAACUGUCCGGAAAUAUACCACAAUCUUUGGUAACAAUCGACCUUCUCGAAGUUAUAAACUUAUUUUACAAUAACCUGAGUGGUAGAAUUCCUGAACAAAAUCACUUUGAUACAUUGAGUUUGGAUGGUUCGGCUUUCACUGGAAAUGAUUUAUUGUGUGGAUCUCCACUAGUAAAGGUUUGCGAAGGUGAUCAAGAUAAUAGUACCAGGGAUGCCAAUGGUGUAGAAGAUGUAAAAGACAGCUUGUUGUUGUAUGCUAUUGUUGCCUUGGGAUUUGUAGUUGGAUUUUGGAGUCUGUUCUUUAUUUUGCUUAUGAAGAAAGAGAGGUGGUGGUUUCCAUAUUGGAGAUUUAUUGAUUCUGUUGCUGUUUGGAUAAUAGUUUUUGCCUCUUCCUAG